ACCAUCACAACUCGAACUGCUCGCAUAAAGUGUCUAAUUAUGGGCCUCAAAACUUUCUCUGUUGUCACUUUAGUGGUUUUUUGUUUCAGUGYAACUGUUUUUCCAACAAUUGGUUUUCCAAAAUGUGGCCCCGGUGGAUGUCAUGUUAUUGGUGAUUCCACAGACCAAGCUGAUGCAUUAUUCGUCCCAAAUACGGAAAACUGGUCGUAUCAACAGCGUACCGCGGAAAACUCCGAAGAUAAAAAAAARGAAAAGGGAAAAUGCUGUUAUACCAUGGGCGAUUCACCCAAUGAUCGUGAAAACUCCAGAACUCUUUAUACGUUUAAAAGAGGAAAGAUAGCAAGAAGGCUGUUUAAAAGAAAGUAAAAACUUUGAUGGCGUUCACCAUCAGAAGCCGCGGAAAGAUGAUCUUGCAGAUUGAAAACAACACCCAAAAAGUAUCAAUAGUUAUUAAGAUUGUAAAUCAAAAGUUCAUUGUUAAUAUAUAUAGUUAUUCAAUAAAGUGUGCUUUGUAUAUUGUAAAA